AUGGCCCGGAAACCAACAUGUGCUGUGCCAAAAUGGACAAUUUUGGAUCCCAAUGAUAACGCACUUUUGCGGAUCGUUGGUCCACCCAGUUGCUAUCUCGUCUGUUUCCCCUGGAUAUCUUUCACCGACCGUCUACAAUUCAAGAUACAAUCAGCCGAUUCUCAGGCAGAAUUAGGAAUUAUUCGCAAGGAAUGGGCCGGCUUUAUGCGUGAAAUGUUCACAGACGCUGAUGACUUUUCAGUAGCAUGUAAGUAG